GGAGGUUGCAGCAGUUGUAGUUUGAGACGUCUGGUUUGAAGAAACCACGUGAUGCUUUUUACUUCCUCUGACAGUUAGGCCUCCCUGCGUCUCUUCUUUUGUGAUCUGAGACAUACAGAGAUGGCGGGUACAAGAAUCACGAACCUGCAGAGUACCGUGAAACCACCGGUGAUUCAGGCUCCACAGCGCAGCACAGCGACACAGGGAGCCGUGCAGAUGCGCAUUAAAAACUCUCCGAGCUCCGGAGACCGUCUGAGUCAGUCCAAGUCGAUGGUGCUGCAGGAGACCGACCUUCCUCAGAAACCUAUCUCUCGACAUCGCAGGAAUCAGUCUCAGCACAAUGUUGUGGUAGCAGGAGCUGCUACAUUUGAACCUCUGGUGGAUUUGAAAGGUGAAAUCAUGAAUAUGGCUAAAAUUUCAGAGAGUGGUAAGAAGCAGAGGAAGAACUGGUCUUCAGUGUGGACUGUGCUCACCUCAGACCAGUUAAUGUUUUAUAAAGACAAACAGGAAACUGGACUGAAACCAGGAGGUAAGGCAGAUGUGCUUCAGCUGUGUGGAGCAGUCAUUGAGUGGAAUACUGAGAAAUCAAGCAGGAAAAAUGUCUUCCAGAUUACAACAAGCACAGGAAGUGAGUACCUUGUCCAGACUGACAGUAACUCCACUGCCAGCAAAUGGUACGACGCCAUCAAAAAGACUGUCGACUCUUCAACUAAAGAAGGUUUUCCUCUGCGGAGAUCAAACAGCACAGACUACCUGCCCAGACACAGCUCCCUGCCUGGAUAUGGCUCUGCUUCUCCUGGUGUCAAACAACGUAACCCGAUACACCGACGAUCCAUCAACAUGUUUGGCAGCUCAAAGCUGAAGCACAGCGCCUCAGAUAGCGCAGACAAGAAUGGAGUGAAAAACAGGCUGAAGAAAUUCAUCAUCAGACGUCCAUCCAUGAAGACUCUACAGGAGAAAGGCCUGAUAAAAGAUCGAGUGUUUGGCUGCCAUCUGUCGAGUCUCUGUGAGCGUGAAGGGACCACAGUACCAAAGUUUGUUCGGAUCUGUGUGGAUGCCGUUGAGAAACGAGGUCUGGAAGCUGACGGGAUCUACAGAGUCAGUGGAAACCUGGCCACAAUCCAGAAACUUCGCUUCCUCGUCGAUGAAGAGGAGGAUCUGGACCUGGAACACAGUCAGUGGGAGGAUGUCCACGUCGUCACUGGGGCCCUCAAAAUGUUUUUCCGUGAGCUGCCGGAGCCACUGUUUCCAUUCAGGUUUUUCCAGCCUUUUGUGGAGGCCAUCAAGAUCAAAGAACCCAAACAAAAAGUUCAGGCUGUGAAGAAACUGAUACAGCAGCUGCCCAAACCCAACCAUGACACCAUGAAGCUUCUCUUCAGCCACCUGCACAAAGUUCUGGCCUUUUCCAGGAAGAACCUGAUGUCCACUCAGGGCAUCGGAAUCGUGUUUGGUCCAACGUUGAUGUGGCCUGAACUGGAUGCCGGAAACAUGGCGGUCAACAUGGUGUAUCAGAAUCAGAUUGUGGAGUUCAUUCUCACGGAAAGCCAAGAAAUCUUCAACUUGGACAGGAAGUAAAAGGUGCUGAGCGGGACCAAAUCAUCUGAUGGACUCACGUUUACAGAUUUUAGAACCCAUGUCUGGUUUGGGCCGGGAUGUAAAAACUGGAAUUUUCAGAAGAUAUUUUGUUAGAGUUUAUAUUGUAUUAGCACAAACAAAUCUAUAAUUAAAUGUUUUGACUGUUUUACCUCUGCCACAAUUGUUUUUUGUUUUCAAAUACAAAAAUAUACAGUACUCCAAUAAAUAAUUCUAAUGA